AUACUGCUCUCAGACCAGGGUUUUGACCUCAUGAACAAGUUCCUGACCUACUUCCCUGGGCGGAGAGUCAGUGCAGAGAGUGGCCUCAAGCAUGAGUACUUCCAAGAGACGCCCCUCCCCAUCGACCCGUCGGUCUUCCCCACGUGGCCUGCCAAGAGUGAGCAGCAAAGGGUGAAGCGUGGCACGAGCCCGUGGCCGCUGGAAGGAGGUCUGGGCUACAGCCAGCUGGGCGACGACGACCAGAAGGAGACGGAUUUCCACCUCACAACCACAAACCAGGGGGCCUCAGCUGUAGGCCCUGGCUUCGGCCUCAAGUUCUGA